UAGUAUGUCGUCCAAAAUGUAACAAAAAUUUCAUAGUUUAGUAUGUUGUCCAAAAUGUGACAAAAAUUUCAUAGUUUAGUAUGUUGUCCAAAAAGUCACAAAAAUGUCAAAGUUUUUUUGGUAUGUUGUCCAAAAUGUGACAAAAACGUCAUAGGUUAGAAUGUAGCCCAAAAUUUGACAAAAAAAUCAUACUUUAGUAUGUAGCCCAAAAUAUGACAAAAACAUCAUAGGUUAGUAUGUUGUCCAAAAAGUCACAAAAAUGUCAUCGUUGGGUAUUGUCAACAAAAAUGUCACAAAAAUGUCAUAGUUUAGUAUGUCGUCCAAAAAGUCACAAAAAUGUCAAAGUUCAGUAUCUCGUCCAAAAUGUGACAAAAAUGUCAUACUUUAGUAUGUCGUCCAAAAUGUGACAAAAAAUUCAUGGUUUAGUAUGUCGUCCAAAAAGUCACAAAAAUGUCAUUGUUAGGUACGUCGUCCAAAAAGUCACAAAAAUGUCAUAGUUAAGUAUGUCGUCCAAAAAGUCACAGAAAUGUCAAAGUUAAGUAUGUUGUCCAAAAUGUGACAAAAAAGUCAUACUUUAGUAUGUUGUCCAAAAUGUGACAAAAACAUCAUAGGUUAGUACACAGUAAAUUCCCCAGUGUUAAAUAUGCAGUGUCAAACUCCAUUAACUCUAUCUGAGUUAAUAUAACAACAGCUGGAGUAGAAUGCCCCCUAGUGUUGGUGUCAAUUUCGGUAGUUAAAAGACGGGGUGUAAAAGUACUCUAUAAAGCCACCUCUAUAAAGCCACCCCUGUCUCAUUUCAAAAUUCCCCGACUCUGCAGUCCGCCAUUUUCAGCAGCUUUCGUCAUGUCGAGGAAGUCUGGUAAGUUUCUCCUCUUCUUUCAUUUAACCAAACAUUUAGCAUAUCUACAUGACUAAUGUUUUAAACUGCCUUAUUGUCAUUUACCAUGUACUGCAGUUAGUUUUGUAAUGUAAAACUAGAAAAUCCAGUUGUGGCUCGCUGAACAAAUAAGCAGUACCUAGCUUCUGAUUUCGGCUAACCUGCUACCAUAAACAGGAUUUAGUCGGUAAGAGGUUACCUUAAUAUUAUGAAGGUUUAUAAAAAGUGCAUUGGUGGUUAUCCUGUAAUAGUUUUAGACUCCGGUAGGUAAAAUGGGAAGACGCAUAUGUGGGAAGUGGACCAAAUUGCGCGGGCAAUUGUGUAGCCUUACUAGCCUAGCCACUCUAAUAUUAACUUUGUAAAUUAAUUUCGGAUUUUCAAGUUACUGUAAAAGUUAUCCAAAUAAAGUUACUGUUAAUUACUUUCACCUCUGCUUAAAGUGUAGGCAUUCUCUUUCUGAUGCUUGACCGUUUUUAACGUAUGAUUUUGGUGCAGUUACCGGACAGUUUGAAACAGGCUUAUUGCACGUCAAAGAACAUGGUUUGCAGCCACAGUGCUUGUCUUCAGUUUAUGGUCACUGUCUUGUGCUCACGUUCCGCGCGCGCCAAAGUCCACCAUUUUGCUUUGUCCGCCAUCGGGAACAGCACAUCCAAGUACAACGCGCUGCUUUUGCCUGUCACUUUGUCACAGGAUAGCCAUCGGUGGAGGCAGACAUUUAUCAAUAAUCUAAAUCAUCAUUACUUGCUGAAUUUUCAACCGAUUUUCAAGCCGUUUGCUUUACAUUGCAUGGGUAUUUGCGGUGAAGGAUACUUGGUUACCAAAAAGUAAACAGUUCUGUAUGAAUGCAUAUUAUUCUAUACAUUUUUAUAAUAUAUAUACAUUUUUGUGCAUUUUGGACACACAGCUAUGCUAUAAUACAUUUCAGGUUGCACUAAAAUAUAAAGUUUAUAACGACUAAACUUUGCAAUGAUGCUGAAAUAUAUUAUGGACCUUAACAUUGUGUGUGUCAAAAAUUGCAGCCAAUUAUGUAUUUUGAUUGUAAUAAUAAGCCUGAGACAUUAAUUGGGAAAUGUUUAUUUUUUCUCUGCAGGGAUAAUGUUACUGAAAGUAAAACUGGGUGAUUGCCAAAAAUUUGGCAAUCAAACUGGAGAGUUUCUGAUUGCAGCUUUUGCGAAGUUUGGUGUUCCUCCAGCAACGGAAGGUGUGAAAGUGGUUGACAGUUCAGGCACUGAAUUGGAUGAAGAUGUGUUUGAGGACAUACUAAAGGAUCCUUCAACAGGGGUACUAACCAUCAAGUAUGACACAGAACCUGUCCACACAGUGGCAUCCUCUUCUGAGCCCUCCCCACCAUCAUCACUCGAUUUGUCUGACUCGCAGGAUACAGUUAUCCUUACAGAGAGCCCUUCCAGAAAACACCAGAGGGUUGAUACAGAAGCUAAACAAUUGUUUAAGAGUCCAUCCUUUCCACAAAACCUGGAGGGGAAUGUAUACUACAAGAAUACAAUCGAACCAAGUCUUUGGUGGACGAAAACCAGGAGGAAAAUGGUCAACAUACUGGCAGCUGACUUGACUGAGAAGAAUGGAACAUCACCUCCCAGACAGUUGAAAGAAAAGUACGCCAGAGGAAUUGUGACAUUAUUCCCCUACCUCAGUGACCCAUACGCUAAGAAUGGCUAUGAGCAUUACUAUGAUGGGGAGAGUGGCACUGGGUACUUGGCUUGGAGGAUUAAAACCAUUCAAAGAUCUACUGCUAAAGACAGACGAUCAUCAUUUGGAGAAUCAGUGGAAGGAUCAUCAGGUAAAGACAUGUCUGGAGGACCAACGGUCAGAAGACAGACCCAAUUUGUUCCUGAGGCAUCCGUAAGUGAAGAUGAGUGCCAGGAAGUAAUGUCACUGAUGAGACAUUCAGCUGACGAGGACUUAGUCAAGAAGAAGAUGAAGCUGACAUUUUUCCAUCGCCGCAACAUGCUCCUCGACCCCCAGCAGUCAAGCAACAUACUAUCUGACUUUCCACGUUUCAAAGACGUCAAAGGCUUGGUUGAACAGGAUUUUGUUCUGAUGUUGGGUAAGGGGGGGUCCGACAAGUUUCUGGAGCGAUGUCCAGGCACAUUCAAGGAAAAGAUCAUCCAACAAUGCAGAAAGCUUCCCAACAUCAGUGAGCUUGAAGAACUCCUGCUGGCAGCUGAUCCUCCUCUGGAUGGCAUUGACUUGGACGAUGACUUAGGGACGGAAGAGACCAGGGAAAGUGUCCGCGUCCCAAGCAGAGAAGCAUCUUGUCAUCUUCAAGAAGACUGGAACAAGCAUCCAAGAACAUCUCGACACCAUUACUACCAGCGCUCAACCAUAUCUCCUGGCUGUUGGAUUAAGGAAGGAUGCAGUCCACCAGUUCUUCAUCAUUCUGGAUAGGAGUGCCAUACCUUGCAGGUCAACUUCUCCUCUAGGGGCUUUCGAUGAGCUGUUUAAGGCACAUUUUGUGUUCGGCACAUCAUACAACUCCAUGCUCCAUAACAUGUACAUGUUCAUCCAGACCACGGUGUACAACAUCGAUGUUGGGAAAGUCAAGGAGAGUCCUCGUGUUGCUGAAGUAAGGGCAAGGUUACUCAAUUAGUGCUUGAGCUUUUUCCUCCAUCAUGAGGUGCUUUGUUUGUCAGGCUGAAUUAAAAAGUUCCAGUAUGCUUGUUAGGCACUUACGUUUAGUUCAUGGUUACUUGCCUGGAAGAAACCUUCGCCUUAAAUGUGUUCAGACUGGAUGUGGAUCUGUGUUCGGUACUUUUUUUGAAUACAGAAACCAAACGAAACAAAAACUUCAAAGAGAAAUGGGGAAACGUUGAACCUGUUGAAAAGGUGCUCGGCACAAGAUUUGACAGCAGAAGAAACAAAUCUACUGGGACAUAUGACCAGGUCAUUAUAACAGAUAAGUUUUCAUAUGUUCCCAUCCUAGAAACGCUUAAGAACAUUUUUGAUAACCUAGAACUGACCAACAUGUUCAAGCCCAGGCACAUUCCCAAAGAAGGUGUUUAUACAGACAUAAAAGAUGCCAACUAUUUUAAAGAAAAUCUGUUAUUUUCUAAAGAGAACAAUGCAUUGCAGAUUCAACUGUUUUAUGACGACUUUGAGACAGCAAAUCCCUUGGGCUCUAAAAAGGGUAUGCAUAAAUUAGGGGCUAUAUAUUUUACUCUGAGAAAUGUUCCCCCAAUCUUUAAUUCGGCUUUGAUUAAUAUUCAUUUAUGUGCUCUUUUCCACGCACAGGACAUCAAACGUUAUGGUUUUAAUCUGAUACUUGAACCACUGGUGAAUGAUAUAAAAGUACUUGAGACAGAGGGACUUCACAUUUCCAUGUCUGAAAGUGUUAUUUAUGGUACCAUUGUCCAGGUCACUGGGGAUAAUUUGGGUUUGCAUUGUCUGUUUGGCUUUGUGGAAUCAUUUAGUGCUCGCUAUUGCUGUCGUUUCUGUCUCCUUGAGAAAACUUGUUUUCAAACUGUGUUCUGUGAAGAUAAUCCUGAAGUUGUAUUAAGAACUAUUGAGAUGCACACCCAGCAAACUGUCAAACUGUCAAACUUUACAAACUAACUCUACGCUACCUCAUACAUAUGGUGUGAAACGCACUUGUCUGUUGAAUACACUGCAGUAUUUCAACACAUCAAACAACUUUUCUUUUCUUAGAAGGGGUUGCUCAGUUUGAGGUCAAACUUGUUUUACAGUACAUUCAGGGCAACUUCCUGAAUGCCGAACAACUGGCUGGUAGAAUACAUGCUUUUGACUAUGGUUAUAAUCAACAGCGAAAUCGACCACCUAGAGUAAAAAUGCUUGAUGUAAGUAAUGAUUUUGGACUGAAUGCUAUACAAUACUGGUGCAUAUUACGCAACAUGCCGUUGCUUUUUGGUGAUUUAUUUCAGACAGGUGAUGGUUAUUGGUGUCUUCUACUUUUGCUUCUACAGAUUGUUAACAUUGUUUUAUCACCUGUCCUCUCAGAGGGCAUGACCAUAUACCUCAAACACUUAAUCAUUGAUCAUCAUCAACUCUUCAAGCAGUUAUUUCCUCAGCUCAAUCUUUUACCAAAGCAUCAUUUCAUGAUUCAUUACCCUCCUAUUAUAAGGACCAUUGGCCCAAUUCUGCACAUGUGGUGCAUGCGUUAUGAAGCCAAACAUAAUUUCUUUAAGAAACAAUUAAAAAACUUUAAAAACAUUACACAAACAUUAGCCAAAAAGCACCAGAGUUGUAUGGCAUUCUAUCGAGAAUCCUUUACCAAGUAAAGACUAACUUUAGUCCCAGGAAAAAUGCUUCCACUAAGUGAGCUCAAAAACAGCCCAUACAUUGCUUCCAAAUUUGGAGCUGAAUUGUCAACCAGUAUUUUUUCUGCCAAAUGGAUUAAAUACCAUGGUACCGAGUACCGCCGUGACUUCAUUAUCUGUACUGAGGUAGCAUUUGAGAUGCCUGUGUUUUGUAAGAUAGAGUCUAUUGCUGUGAAGGAUGAAAAUGUAUUACUCUGUGGAAAACUGAUGGAAACUGUUUGUUUUGAGAAUCAUUACCAUGCAUUAAGGUCUCACUGCAUCCAGACAAUGUUCGAAAAGUGUUGCACAUUGAUGAGCGAUGUUACUUUAAACCAUUUAAUGUUCAAAUGACUUAUGGAAAAAUAGAUUCCUCAAAGUACAUUAUUCCAUAUUGCCAUUUUAUGUAGCCCUUGAUGAUUUUGAAUGUCUGUUUCCGCCAUGAGAUUUAAGCAUGCCCGCCUGACA